CGGCCGGGCAUGGCGUCGAUGGCGGCGGCGAUCGCGGCCUCGCGCUCGGUGGUCAUGAGCGGGAACCGGCCGCUGGACGACCGGGAGCGAAAGCGCUUCACCUACUUCUCGUCGCUGAGCCCCAUGGCCAGGAAGAUCAUGCAGGACAAGGAGAAGAUCCGCGAGAAGUACGGGCCCGAGUGGGCGCGGUUACCGCCCGCGCAGCAGGACGAGAUCAUCGACCGCUGCCUGCUCGGGCCGCCGGCCGGCAGCGCGGGGCGCGCGGGGGACGCGGGGGACCCCGGCGGCGCGCGCUUCCCCGGCCUGCGCGGGCCCACGGGCCAGAAGCUGGUGCGCUUCGGCGACGAGGACAUAACUUGGCAAGAUGAACACUCUGCCCCGUUCUCCUGGGAAACAAGGAGUCAGAUGGAGUUCAGCAUCUCCUCCUUGUCCAUCCAAGAGCCCAGCACGGCCACCACGGCCAGCGAGUCCAGACCACUAGCCAAGGCUCCCCAGGGCCCCCAGGCCCUCAAGCCCUCCCAGGGCAGCAGGUCUUCCAGCCUGGACGCCCUGGGUCCUGUCCGGAAAGAGGAGGAGGCAUCCUUCUGGAAGAUCAACGCAGAGCGCUCUCGAGAGGGGCCUGAGGCUGAGUUCCAGUCCCUGACGCCCAGCCAGAUCAAGUCCAUGGAGAAGGGGGAGAAAGUCUUACCACCUUGCUACCGACAGGAGCCCUCCCUGAAGGACAGGGAGGCCAAGGCCGCCCUUCCAGAGCAGCGAGCCCUCCCCAGUGUGAGUGUGGAGCCCCAGAGGCCCCAGCCUGCCCUGGCCCCUGCCAGCUCGCUGCCCAAGGCCACCCCUUCUGAGUCCCCAGGGAAGCCAUCAUCUCUCAGUGUGCAGCAGGAUGACGAGGAGGACAGUCUCUUCUCAGAGCCCACACUCUCACAGGUCAGCUCAAGUAAUGUCGUCUUGAAGACAGGGUUUGAUUUUCUGGACAACUGGUAAACUGCAUUGCAGAGAGAUGCAGCCAGAAGCUCCACACGUUCUCCGCCACGACAUGCCAACAGAAUGAGUAGGUUACGCCACCUGGUGAAGUUUCCUGCGCUCUCUACUUUUCUCUUAGUCCUUCGGAACUGGGAAAUACUGCAAGGGUGUUUCCUUUUUUUUUUUUUUUUUUUCUUUUUCUUUUUGGUAAAAUCAGAUCUAUAUGGUAUUUUCAAAGAUUUGAUAACAGAAGUUUUACACUUGGAGUUUAUAAGGACUAUUAAGAAUUCAAUACAUCUUGCCAGGCGUGGUGGUGCACGCCUUUAAUCCCAGCACUCGGGAGGCAGAGGUAGGAGGAUCUCUGUGAGUUCGAGGCCACCCUGAGACUCCAUAGUGAAUUCCAGGUCAGCCUGGGCUAGAGUGAGACUGUACCUCCAAAAACCAAAAAAAAAAGAAUUCAACACAUCUGUUCCCAGACCCACCCAGUUUCCCCUCAAAGGAUGUGUUCUCACUAAGUCCUAAAGUCUGAACGGCAAUUCUCUUUCCUCUGUACUCCCGCCCCGCCCCCUCCAUUCUGGGGCUCCCGGGACAGGUGACUGACCGCUGGCAGCCUCCUCAGUCAUGACAUCGUCAGCUGCUGCCAGGAACUAUAGGACACCUGCCCUUAAGAAGCACUCGCCCCGACACUGGAGGCUGUCUUGCUGAAGCCACACCUGCCAUGAUGUCACUUCCAGGGAACCGACAGUUGGCAGGUGGCGGGCAUCAGAUACCUACUCAAAGUAUUGAUCAUUGUUUAAAAACAGUUGCAUGUUUCAAACUUUUGUAUCAAGUUCUCAGUAUUUUAUAUGUAGACUUAGCAGCCCGGCGCUUCCACCUCUCUUGCUUUUAUACGAGUUUCCCUUUGGAAGCCUUGUUUUUAUCUGACCUUCUCUGUGUCUCAGUACUGGCCCCUACAGGAGUCAAGGUGGUGGCCGUGUUGCUGGAGAACAGGGCUUUUCUGAUUCACUGUGUUGGAAACCUCCAGCAUUGGCCACCCUUCGCUCCAAGAAGUGGUCAACCUCCAUCAUGAAGAACCUCUCCUGGCUGGCCCUGAUUUCCCAAGUGCAAGAGGCUGUCCUGAGGGCACCAGCAGCAUCCCCUCACGGCCCCAGGGGUUCACUGCAGCAGUUGCCCUGGAAGCAGGUGCCUAGAAGAGUGCACCUCACCAGGGAUGGCUGUUCUCACCGCUGCCCUGCCCAUGGCCCUUGGAUCCUAUGCGCCUCAGGAGGUGCCAAGCAGAGCCAUUGUUCCUGUGUAAUCCUCACCUGAAGCCUUAACCCCCAGGAGCCCUCUGUGAGCACCCGCUUCAGUACCACAACGUCUCCUUAAUGCUUGUGUUAUAGAACUUUCUGAAGUUGCUUCUGGAAUAUUCUAUUUGACCCCAAGGUAAAGCACAUGACAAGUCUCCCACUCCUACCCCAGGAAAACAUAUGCCAAAGGUAUAAGUUAGCCAACAGUGGAGUUUUGUCUACCAAUUAAUUUAUAUCCUAACCCUUCCCUGGCUCCUCCCUUGGGGCUUGGGCAUGGCCUGUUCCUCUAGUUCCCACAUGUUGACACAUAGCAGGUCUUUCUGUACCAUUUUAGAGCAGUUGGUAUUUGUAAGUGAAAAACAUUGUUUUUGGCAAGGGUGGGAAAGGGUGUUAGAAAUCUUGGUGGGCAUAAUCGAGCUGGUACCUCCCCCCAGGGCUAACAGCUCUGACACAGGAAUCCAGCACAACUGCCACCUGGCCGCCCCGAGCUGAUUUCAAGCCCUUGUAACAACUUUUCUUUCUUGUGAGUUUGUGCUCUGUGGUAUUGGUGUAGCCUGGAGGAGAGGGUUGCCUCAUGGCAUUUGGCCAGGGUGACCCGGCUGCUCAGGGCAGCAGUUCUCAUUCUUCCCCUCUUCCUCACAACCUCCACAUCCCCUCCAUGGGGAGUGAGAGGUCAGAGAGGGGCCGAACCCUGGGGCCCCCCACAGCACUCUUCCCACAGCAGGGGAGGCGUCCCUGAUGGGGAGACCUGGAGGGUCCCACCAGAGCUGGGGUCACCUUCACUCUCAGGAAGAGUCCACACUCAGCCUUCUCCCAAGGAACGCACGUCCGUGAACAAGGAGAAGAAACUACGCUCCAGGCUGACUUGGGGAUCUGCGUCACGGUGGAGUUUCUGAAGCCAGAAGUUUCUGAUCAUUUUGGAAAAUGCACACACUCCUCGGCGGCGAAGCCUGAGUGUGAUUUGGGAGCCCACCACACCCCAGGCUCAGCACCUGGGAGGCAGCUCCAGGCUCCUUGUCUUGCUCUUGGUGACUACACCCUACAUCCUGCCCUCCCCCCAGCCCGGUGCCCAGCCAGGUUCACCCCUUGUGCCAGUGUCAGGGGUAGCCUUCCGUUCUUAAUGCCUCUUUCUUUGAUACCUAUUUUCAAAAAUGAUGAAUUCUUACUGACAAUGUGUAACUUGGUCAUAUUUUAUACUACUAGCCUUUAAUAAAGCUCUUUUAAGAAGCAA